UCCUAACAAACGGAAGAAGUCGGAAGAAGAUAUUUUCCUUGUGCGUGAGUUAAAAAAAUUCCUUCGCUUACCUACCGCAAAAAAGUACAGAAAAAGACAUUUCGGCAAACAAAGAAAUUUCCCACCAAAAGUCAAGUGAAUUUUUUUUCAAACAAAACAGAGGAGCGGUGUAGCUAUCGUAAGCAGAAACAGCUAUCAGUCAUAGGCAACGGUCAACGCGGAAAACAAUUAAGAUCGCCACCAAUCCAAUUCAAUCGACCAGACACAAAGCAACGGCCAAAGAAAUUCAAUAACAAAACAGAAAACGAAAAUCAUAAUAAAUGUGUAAUUAGAUUCAUCCUACCCAAUGAAUACAACGUCACCAAAAUCAUCAUUGGCCAAACUGGGUAUCCAUCCUAAACACAAGUCCCUGAAGGUCAUGGUUUUGGGACAAAGUGGGGUUGGCAAGACGGCCAUGGUUGUGCGGUUUAUUACACGCCGUUACAUAGGAGAAUAUGAUCCUAAUUUGGAGAAAAUCUAUACCUUUAACACAUCAAUGGAUAAUGAAUAUUUGCAAUUUGAUAUCCUUGAUGCUACGGGACAUCAAAAUGAAACCGAUUGUGCAAAUUUGGAAUCAAAUAUACGUUGGGCCGAUGCCUUCAUACUUAUGUAUUCCGUUACAGACAAAUGCAGUUUUGACGAAUGUAAUCGUUUGAAAUUCCUCAUCAACUAUAAUAAGAGAAGACGUAAAUUGGGCUCUAACAAUAAGGACUGCAUGGCAGAUGUACCGGUUAUAUUGGUGGGCAACAAAACCGAUCAAAUUGACGAUCGUAUGGUUAGUGUUGAAGAGGGCCGAAGACGUUUUAAAGAAUUGUCGUGUGCCUGCUUUCAUGAGAUCUCUGUAAGGGAGAGUGUUGACCAGGUGCAAGCGGUAUUUCGAGAUGUCUUCCGCUUCUGGCGCGUCUUCAGUAAGAUUCCCAAGCUCAAACGUUCCACAAGUGAUGUUCAAAAUGAAUCCCUAAGUCCAGAUUCGGGCUGUUCGUUUUACGAUGCCUCCUCGCUGGCAAAUGAGACGAGACGCUCGUUUCUGGUGAUUGGCAGUGCUUGCUUGGAGGAGAAUGAUCACUCCGAGCCCAACGCGGAAAGCGGUUCCGGUAGUUUGAAUAGUUCACGCAAUGAAUUAGAAGCUCCUUUCCGCAGCAGAGCUUCAACGGAUGGCACUCUGCUAUCCAGACCAAGGCGUUGGAGGUACCCACCACCUGGCUGUCUGCUGCCUCACUCAAAUCGAGUAGAACGACGCAUGAGUAUUUCGACCAGGGGUAGCAAUGCCAGCUAUUAAAAUGUUUCCCUUGCAUGGUGCAAAAACCAGUUUUAGAUAAUUUUUAUUAUUUUAUAACGAAACCAACUGAGAAAUGACUGUAUAUAGCUUAGAACAAAUCUAUAAGAUAUAUUUUUUAACGUGUAUUUAUUUAUUAUGCUAAUAUGCAAAUAAAAGCCAAUGCAAAGUGCAUAAACUGACU